AUGGUGGACCCGUUAUCGCGAGAGGAGAACGCCUCCAAGUCGAUUUCCUUCUAUCGGGGGUUCUACGACGCACAACUGCGGCGCCCAACAAAGAAUGUGGACCCCACAGUUUCUCAGGCAGUAGGCGGCGCUAUUUUUACGGCGUUACCCUUUGCAGCCGUCUUGUAUUUCCUCAUGCGGCGCCGCACAAGGGUGGCUUCUGCUGCAUCCGGCGCGAAACCUGGGCAGUUCAUGAAAAAUGUGAUGGAAAUGGUGCAGAAACAAAUGGACCCUUUGGGCGACAAAAAUUUUCGUCUGGAGGUUAGGGACACAAAGUUUAAGGAUGUCAUCGGGGUACCAGAGGCGCUGGAGGAGGUACAACAGUACGUGAGAUUCCUCAAAACACCAGAGCGCUUUACAAGGCUGGGCGGCAGACUGCCGAAGGGAUGCAUCCUCACCGGACAACCAGGGACGGGGAAGACACUCUUGGCGAAGGCUGUCGCAGGGGAGGCGGGUGUGCCUUUUUUAACCUGUAGUGGAGCGGACUUUAUUGAAGUGUAUGCCGGAUCGGGCCCGAAGCGGGUGCGAGAAUUGUUUGCAGCUGCGAAACGUGAGGCGCCUUCUGUGAUCUUUGUGGAUGAGAUUGAUGCGGUGGGAUCACGCAGCAAUGGCCAGGGAACGCUGGGGCUGAGUUCUGAAGAGAAUCGCACAGUGAACCAGCUGCUUGCGGAGCUCGACGGCCUUCAGGCAAACGAGGCUGUCGUCGUAUUUGCCGCCACUAAUUUUCCGGAUAACCUCGACAAGGCCCUCCUGCGCGAAGGUCGCUUUGACCGCAAGAUAGAGGUUCCAAUGCCGGAUCAGCAGGCGAGGGAGGAUCUCUUUACGCAUUAUCUCAAUCGCGUUGUUACCUCCGAUGCGACUUCUAAAGCCAAGCGACUCGCCCGCCUUACGCCUGGCGUAUCACCUGCCACGAUAUCCACCAUCGUCAAUGAAGCGGCUCUCGCGGCGGCUGUGCAGGGGCAUGAGGAAGUUACCGAACAAUCUCUUCUCCCCGCCAUUGACGACGUCCUCGUGGGCAAAAAACACCGUAGUCGAAUGUCGGAGGCGGCGGCCCGUCGUGUUGCACUGCACGAGAGUGGACACACGCUAGUGGCUUGGCUCCUUCCAAGACAGUCAGAUGUCAUUAAGGUGUCCAUUACACCGAGAGGCCCAGCCGCGGGUUUCACGCAGCAGGUUGGGAAGGAAAUCUUUGAUAUGCCCACCGACGUGUCGCUCUUCACAGACAUUUGCGUUAUGCUCGCAGGCCGCCUUGCGGAAGUCACCCAGUACGCCGAGCUCACAACUGGUGCCCAAGACGACUUUCAAAGUGCCACAAGGAUGGCAAUACAAGCGUUUUUGGCUUUUGGCAUGUCGUGCCAUGUCGGUCUCCUUGCAUAUGAACCACAGCGGUUAGAAGAGGGGAGAAUGUACCAGAGGCACUCGGAGAAGGUUCAGGCCAUUGCUGAAGAAGAGGCGGCACGAUUGGUUGGGACGGCCCAUCACUACACUGAGGGUUUAAUAGCGGAGCAUAAGGAGCUUCUGCAUCAGCUGGCCGAGGCACUUUUCACCAAGAAGGAGUUGCUGAUGGAGGACUUGGAGGCCCGCCUUGGACCCCGUGGCGCAGCACGCCUUUCCCUGGAUGCUGAGGAGGCACUCACCGCAUUUAUGCAAAAAUCAGAGGAACAUGGAACAAAGGCGCGGUGCGCUCCUGGGUGA